AGAACUCCAAGCCAGUGGAACAAUUAAAGGCCAUUUUAGCUCAGGCCUCAGAAGUAUUUAAAGAAGGCAUGGGUACUUUAAAACACAUCAAGGCUAAUAUAUGCCUUGAGGAAAAUGCUCAGCCCAAAUUUCACAAAGCUCGUCCAGUGCCUUAUAGUAUUCGUCCAAAAGUAGAAGCAGAAUUGGAUCGUCUAGAACAAAAUGGAGUCAUUUCAAAAGUCUCUUGGAGUGACUGGGGCACACCUAUUGUGCCUAUUAUUAAGAGGGAUGGUUCAGUUAGAAUAUGUGGAGAUUUUAAAGUUUCCAUUAACCCAGUUCUACAGUCUGAUAAGUAUCCCUUACCUUUGAUUGAGGAUAUCUUUGCCUCUCUUGCCGGUGGACUAAAAUUCAGCAAAAUUGAUCUUGCACAAGCCUACUUACAAAUGGAGGUAGAAGAAAAUGCCAAACACUACCUUACAAUCAACACGCCAAAAGGACUAUACCGAUACAACAGAUUAGUAUUUGGCAUAGCCUCUGCGCCUGCCAUAUGGCAAAGGGCCAUGGAUCAAGUCCUACAAGGCAUUCCACAUACUAAAUGUUAUCUGGAUGACAUAAUUGUGACAGGUACAGAUGAAUCAGAACAUUUGGAAAACUUAAAGAGGGUUUUGACACGGCUGGAAGAAUACGGGCUAAGAGCCAACAAAGAAAAAUGUGCCUUCUUUAAGGACUCUAUCCAAUAUUGUGGACAUAUUAUAGAUGCCAGUGGCUUGCACAAGUCUCCAGAGAAAAUCCAAGCAGUGUUACAAGCACCACUGCCCAAGGAUGUAAUGCAGCUCAGAUCGUUCUUGGGGUUUAUUAAUUAUUACAGCCGGUUUGUGCCAAAUCUUGCAACUGUGCUAUACCCAUUAAAUCAAUUGCUGCAGAAAGGUCAAAAAUGGGAAUGGAGUGUACAGUGUGACAAAGCCUUCAAGGAAGCAAAGACAUUGGUCACAUCCGAUGAUGUCCUUGUGCAUUUCAAUGCUUCUUUGCCAUUAAAACUGGCAUGUGAUGCUUCUCCAUAUGGCAUUGGAGCUGUGAUAUCUCAUGUUCUCCCACACAAAAGUGAAAGGCCAAUAGCAUUUGCAUCAAGGUCACUCACGAGUGCAGAACGCAACUACGCACAGAUAGACAAGGAAGCACUUAGCCUUAUCUGGGGAGUGAAAAGAUUUAACCAAUUCUUAUAUGGUCGGAAGUUUACACUGGUAACAGACCAUCAACCGCUGGUUGCAAUACUUCACCCAAAGAAAGGAGUUUCUGCAACAGCUGCUGCACGUAUGCAGCGUUGGGCUUUGUUUCUUGCUGGUUAUGACUAUGAUAUUGAGUUCAAGCGGACAGCGGCACACGCAAAUGCAGACGGACUGUCGCGUCUGCCAUUACCAGGUCAGGAAACGUCUGAGGAAAAUGCUGAAUAUGUUAAUGUACAUCAGAUUGAUUGUCUUCCUCUUACCUGUAAAAUGAUUGAGAAUGAAACCAAAAGAGACCCAACUCUAGCAUGUGUCUAUGAAGCAACUCUUAAGGGCUGGAAGUACACGGACAAAGCCUCACUAAUUCCUUAUUACUCACGGAGACAUGAACUGACUAUACAUGAAGGAUGUGUAAUGUGGGGAGUUCGUGUUAUUAUUCCUAAAAAGUUACAAUCAAGAGUACUCGAUGAGCUUCAUGAAGGCCAUCUGGGCAUAGUAAAAAUGAAGUCACUCGCUAGGAGUUUUGUGUGGUGGCCAGGAAUUGAUCAGCAAAUAGAGCAACUGGCGAACAAGUGCCAUGGAUGUCAACAGGUACAGUCUAUGCCACAACCUGCUCCAGUUCACCUAUGGGAAUGGCCCUCUGCUCCUUGGCAACGUAUACACAUUGAUUUUGCAGGACCAUUUCUGGGACUGAUGUUUUUCAUUAUUGUGGAUGCCCAUUCAAAAUGGCCAGAGGUUUUCGGCAUGAAGUCUACUAGUACCUCAUAUACAAUUGAUAUAUUAAGAACCUUGUUUGCAAGAACGGGAAUUCCUGAACAGAUUGUCAGUGAUAAUGGUCCCCAGUUCAUUUCUGAAGAGUUUCAAUUGUUUAUGAAAUGCAAUGGAAUUAAACAUACUACUUCAAAUCCAUACCAUCCUGCAACAAACGGUUUAGCUGAAAGAUUUGUACAAACUAUGAAACAGUCACUGCGGUCAAUGACAAACGACAGUGGAUCCCUGCAGCAUAAACUGGCAAGGUUUUUGUUAUCCUAUCGGAAUGCAAUUCAUGCGACUACAAGCUGCACACCUGCAAUGCUAUUCAUGGGCCGCAAUCUUAGGUCUCGGUUAGACUUGCUGAAACCAGAUCUCAGUCGUCAUGUGAGAAACCACCAGUUUAAUGUCAGGGAAGGAGAGAGGAGAACCUUGCGGCAGCUUAGUGUCGGACAAACUGUAUUGGCAAGAAACUACAGAGGGCCUAAUAAAUGGCUACCAGCAAUUGUCACUGCUCAGAGAGGUCCAUGCAGUUACACAGUAAGAGUGGCAGACAAUCUAUAUUGGCGUCGUCAUAUCGACCAGCUACGUAAUACUGCAGUGACCACUGAGCAAACCCAGACUCAAGGCCUUGUUGGACUUCCCCUUACCAAGGAGGUACCCCUUGAACCCCCAACUGUGGCAUCACCAGAGGCAACAAGCCCUGUAAGUCCAACAGAAAUGGAGAGCACAUUCUCUGAAGCAUCGGUUGAACCUGGUUGUUCUGAGUAUCAGGUUUCUUCCCGAGAAGAGAGCAACAAUGAUAGGCGUUAUCCACAAAGAGAGCAUCGACCCCCGGAUAGACUUAACUUAUAACCUGUGGCUUUUAUUAACCAUUUCUUUUACAGGUGUUACCACCAUGAAUCUCAUGGGGGAGAGAACUGUUGAAUAUGAGAUAAAGUAAUUGUGCAUGUUUUCCUGUUGAAUCUGCUGAUGCUGUUCUAGGACUAGAGCCUUAUGUAUAAGGCUUCAUGUUGAAUCUGCUGUUAUGUUUCUCUGUUACUUUAUUCUUACUGUGUUAUGGAGUUAGCUUCCUGUUAAGCAUUACAGAAAUUACUCCAGCA